AUGAACUAUAGAUUCCCGCCGUUGGCAUUUUGCCUUGUGCUAUCGAUACUAGGAUUCUCCACUUUCAAUGUGGUUCUCGCCUAUAAAUACUUGGCUGUCCUACCUACUGCCAGCAAAUCACAUUUCAUUGUGGGAUCAGCACUGAUGAAGGCUUUGGCUCACAAAGGUCAUGAGGUCUAUGUGAUUUCACCAUUUCUUCAGGAUCCACCCAUUGAUAAUUACCAUGACAUGCCAAUACCUAGGGUGUUGAGUGCAGCAGCAGCCACUUUAAGAAACUUUUUUGAGCUCAAUGAACGUAGUUUGUAUGGACGCAUUUUCACUCGUUUUGAUCUGGGCAUACAACUGACGGAGGUAGCUUUAAAGGAGCCUAAGGUUCAGCAGUUGCUAAAUUCGAAUCAGACUUUUGAUGCUGUCAUUUGUGAAGUCAGCUUGUCCGAGGCCCUAUUUGGUUUAAGCGAACAUUUUAAGGCCCCACUCAUAGGAUUGGGAACAUUUGGGGCAAUAUCUUGGAAUACAGAUAUGGUGGGAUCACCUUCGCCACCAUCCUAUGUACCAUUGGUAAUGAUAAGACUGACGGACCGCAUGACACUUAUGGAACGCGUACAAAAUUUGGCCUUUCUUACUUUGGAAAAGAUGAUAAUGGAAUGGUAUUAUUUGCCUCGCCAAGCUGCCAUAUAUCGGAAAUAUUUCCCCCAUUUGCCAAGGGAUAUGUAUGAGGUGCGCAAAAAUGCUGCUCUGGUAUUGUUGAACACCCAUGUCUCCUUGGCCUAUCCUCGACCUUAUGUGCCCAAUCAGAUAGAGGUGGGUGGCAUGCACAUUAAUCGCCAUAGGAAACCUUUACCUGAGAAGAUAGAGAAAUUCAUCAAUGACUCCAAACAUGGAGUGAUUUAUUUUUCCAUGGGCUCCAAUCUCAAGAGCAAGGAUAUACCUGUGGAAAAGAAAAAUGAAAUACUAAAAGCCUUUAAGAAUCUCAAACAAAGAGUGUUGUGGAAAUUUGAAGACAAGGAGUUAAAGGACAAACCUGAGAAUGUCCUCAUCAGUGAUUGGUUUCCCCAGGAUGAUAUUUUGGCCCAUAAAAAUGUCCAAGUUUUCAUAACCCAUGGUGGUCUGCUGAGCACCAUGGAGAGCAUAUAUCAUGGAGUACCUCUAGUUGGCAUUCCCAUAUAUGGAGAUCAAUUUAAUAACAUGGCCGCUGUGGAAAACAAAGGUUAUGGCCUUACAUUGGAUUACAGGACCCUUAGUGCCAAAAGUCUUUCUAAGGCUUUGGAAAGAGUAAUGCAUGAUGAACGAUUUAAACAAAACAUAAUGGCUACAUCACAACGCUACAGAGACCAGGAUAUGUUACCCCUGGACAAGGCCAUCUAUUGGGUGGAACAUGUGGUGCGUCAAAAUGGAGCCCAGUAUCUGCAUUGUGCCGGUUUGGAUUUGAAUUUUAUCCAAUAUCACAAUUUGGAUGCCAUGCUCAUAUUGUAUGGAGUUACUGCUUUGGUGAUAUUUUCUGUGAUUUAUUUCAUGAAACUGCUUAUUAAAGGACUAGUAAAAACUUUAAAGCCAAACCAGAAAAAGGUUAAGGAGAAACGGAAUUAA